AUAGCCACAUCCGUAUAAGUUUUAACUAUGUCUUUGCUUGGAGCAUAUCUUUUAGUCCCCCACCCAAACCAAACCAAACCAAAAACAAAACAAUAACUCUCUGGUUUGGGAUAUCGCCAUAGCAGAAACUUAUCUUCAUCGAAUUGCUAGAGAAAAUGGCCAAAAGAGAUUGUUGUUCAUCUGGGUUCGCUGUUGGGUUUUCUCGGCACUAUUUUGUUUGGUGGUCAUCGUCAUUUUAUCUUCUAGCUUUGAUACGGUUCUUGGUUCUCGUGAAUUCAUCAGCUGCAACAAGUGGACCGGUGAUAAACGUGACCAAGCAUAUCUCCUUCACACAUUUCAGCCUUGAUGAUCCUAGUGUUCUAUCAGAUGUGAAGCUUCUUGGGAGUGCCAAGUUUUCAAUGGAAAAAAGUGUUAUCCAAAUUCCAGAUGAAUCUGAGGCUUUUGAUCUGAGACAUCAAGCAGGGAGAGCCAUUUACUCCUCUCCGGUCCGGCUGCUUGAUCCAUACACCCACACCCCGGCAUCUUUUCAAACCACCUUUUCUUUUCAAUUCAGCAAUUCUUCUAACGCAAGCGUCGAUGGGGAUGGGCCUAGUCAUGGUGGCAGCGGUCUCACAUUUAUCAUAGUCCCGGAUGAGUUCACCGUGGGAAGACCUGGACCAUGGCUAGGUAUGCUCAACGAUGCUUGCCAGGAAGAUUACAAAGCCGUAGGUAUUGAAUUCGAUACGCGUCAGAAUCCGGAAUUUGAAGAUCCGAAUGACAAUCAUGUUGGCAUUAAUCUUGCUAGCAUUGUUUCCACCAAGGCUAUUGAUGCAUCAGAUUUUGGGGUGUUCCUUAAUGACGGUUCAGUUCACCGAGCUUGGAUUACAUAUGAUGGUCCUCGUAGAUGGAUGGACAUCCACCUCGGAUCAGAUGGCCACCCUUCAAAACCUGUCUUCUCUGGUUCUCUGGAUCUCUCUCCUCAUCUGAAUGAGUACAUGUUCAUUGGAUUCUCAGCAUCUACAGGCAACAAGACGCAAAUUCAUAACGUACUCUCCUGGAACUUCAGCGCAACGAGCCAAGCUUUUCUUCGUUUCCCUUCGGAGGAAACCUGUGAGAGCAAAAUCACCCUCCGUAAAUCUGAGGCCGCUCAAAGUCAAACUACCCAAAAGAGAUCUAAUAAAGAACCGUCCAGCAGUUUUUUUAUUUUCAUUGCCGUGGCUGUACUAGCUUUGGCUACCAUGAUCGGUUUCAUUUUCUGUAGUCGCAGGGGAAGAAAUGACAAUUCAAAACUUACAGCGAUUCCGGAGAAAACGCAACGUCCCAGGCCUCCAAACAAGCCCCGCCGCUUCACGUUUACUGAGAUCUCAUCAGCAACUCGGGCUUUUAGCGAGACAGAAAUGCUAGGUAGCGAUGCCAGAGGUAUUUAUUACAGAGGGAAGCUUUCGAAUGGCUGUCAAGUGGCUAUCAAAAGGCUGUCUGCUCAGUUUCUUAACUCACAGCAAGGCUUGGAUAGACGACGGCUUCUCAAAGAAAUCGGUGCCAUGAGUCGAGUUCGUCACCCGAAUUUGGUUCCCAUAAGGGGGUGGUGUAAUGAUAACCGCGAAAUGAUGAUUGUGUACGACUUUUACGCCAACGGAAGCCUCGACAAAUGGCUGUUUGGCGCAGGGGUUCUUCCCUGGACACGACGUUUCAAAGUCAUCAACGACGUUGCAGAAGCACUGAGCUUCCUUCAUUCUAAGCAGCUCGCCCACAAGAACAUGAAAACAAGCAGCGUUUUUCUUGAUGUAAGCUUCCGGGCUGUUUUAGGUGAUUUCGGGAUGGUGCUUUCAGCAACGGAUUCUAGAAGGUUUGAGUCGGCAAUUAGCCAGACAACUGAUGUUUUCGAAUUUGGAAUCUUUGUGUUGGAAGUGGUUUCGGGACGGGGGAGGUUAGACCCUGAAGUAGAGCAAGAGGAAAGGGACUUGGUAGAUUUUGCGUGGAGGAUGCAUGUGAAGGAUGAGAAGGUGAAGGUGGUGGAUGGGAGGAUGGGGUCACUGGUUAACUUGGAGCAAGCCAUUCGAGCUUUGGACAUUGGGCUGCUUUGUACGUUAAAUGAGUCUAAGGGUAGGCCUAAAAUGGAAGAAGUGGUGGAGUUUCUCAGCAUGGACAAACAAAUUCCUGAGCUGCCUGCUUGUAGACCCGUCUCAUUGUUCCCUUACAACAGUGCCACAAGUCUUUGCACUGGUUAUUCUUGCGGCCCAUUCAAGUGAAUCCAGCUGUUUGCCUGCUUGUAUAAAACUUUCAAGAUCGGUUUAGUAUAUGUACAAAAAUGUCGGUCAGUCAAGCUAUUGUAUUUUAAGAGCCUUUCCAAACAUUGCGUAAUUAGCUGCCUUCAUUGGGCAGUAAAGCCCAUCUUGUGAAAAAUGGACGACAAAAUGUCCCAACUAAUGCAAUCACAUACUUUGCACUUAUCAAUUUUUAA